AUGGCGGCUGAAGUGGGGGAGUAUAUCAGCGUCGGGAGCCAUGUCUCUUGCCUCACCUGCCUGGGACAGCGGCUGCAAGGGGAGGUGGUGGCGUUCGACUACCAGUCCAAGAUGUUGACUUUGAAAUGUGCUUCCUCCAGCGGCAAGCCUAACCUCAGCGACAUCAUCCUGAUCAAUUUAAACUGCGUUUCCGAAGUGGACAUCAUUACUGACCGUACCGAGACUCCGCCCCCUCUAGCAUCGCUGAAUGUCAGCAAGCUUGCCAACCGAGCAAAGACAGAAAAGGAGGACAAGUUGUCCCAAGCCUAUGCAAUCAGCGCUGGGGUGUCUGUGGAAGGCCAACAGCUUUUCCAGACGAUUCACAAAACCAUCAAAGAGUGUAAAUGGCAGGAGAAGAACAUUAUCGUGAUGGACGACGUCGUCAUCUCGCCGCCUUACCAGGUGGAUAACUGCAAAGGCAAAGAGGGAAGCGCUUUAAGUCAUGUACGCAAAAUAGUGGAGAAACAUUUUAGAGACGUGGAAAGUCAGAAGUCCAUGCAACGUUCACAAGCACAGAAAACACAGAAGGACUCCACUUUAUCUUCUUGA